AUGCUUCCAUAUCAAUACGGUGCCGUGGAUGGGCUGCUGCGCUCGAAAACUUGCUUGGCUGUUCUUGGGCAAGGACUUGGCGUCCAGAAAAUUGUUUUGGAAAGUUUGCGUCGAGCAUUGGCCGCGGGCCACACUGAUGGCCAGCACGCCCAGCGCUUGAUUUUCCUCCUGAACACAUCCCAGGAGGAGGCUGAACUGUUGGCCAAGCGCGCUUCUGAAGACCCAAAUUGGACAGGCCUUCGCUCUUGUUUGUCUGUCAUUGGGCCAGAUUUCAGCGUGGAUGAUCGGGCAGCAGCUUUCUCACGAGGAGGUGCUUUCAUUGCGAAUGCACGUUUGUUGGUACCAGAUAUGCUUUCAGGAAGGUUAGUUCCCGGUACAAUUGAUGGGAUUUUUGUGAAUCACGUCCACGGGGUUGGUGAACUCUCUGCGGAUGCGUUUGUUCUACGGUUGUUCCGCUUGAGCAAUACCCGUGGCUUCAUCCGAGCAGUCUCGGACGUGCCUGAUGCCUUCAGCCGUGUGCAAGUGGAGAAGGUGAUGCAGCGUUGCUUUUUGAAUGACAUGGAAGUGUGGCCCAGAAUCCGAAAGGAAGUGCAGGAGACUCUGAAACAAGGCAGACAACCUGAAGUAGUCCAGAUCAAAUUGGAACUUCCUCCGCAGAUGUUGGAAAUUCAGCGUUACAUUUUGAACAUCCUCCAGUCCACCUUGGGUGAAUUGAAGAAAGAUCCUAAUUUGGAUUUGAGCCAUUUGGAUCUGAAAGACUCCGUCUCGGCCGCUUUUGAUGUCGAUCUGCGGCAGGUGUUGGACCCGGCCUGGCAGAAUUUGGGUCCCGUGGCCCGGCGCUUGGUGAACGAUUUAACCGGUCUCCGACGGCUGCUGAAGGAGAUGCUGCGUGGCGAUGCGGUGGAUUUCCUGCGGUUGCUGGACAGCCUCUGCAAAGAAGCCCAAAGUGCCCCUGCCUGGCUGUAUAGCCCAGAUGCUCAGGUGGUGUUGAGGUUAGCCAAGGAGAGAGUUUAUGAGAUUUGCAAAGGCCCACCUUUGGAGCACAAUGGUCAGAUGGGUCAGAUGGGUCAGAUGGGUCAGAUGGGUCAGAUGCCGGUUCUGCAAAGGAAGUUAGAACCCCAUGCCAAGUGGGCGAAAAUCUUGGAUGCCAUCGACCGGACGAUCUCUCAUGUGGCAGAGGCGGAGCAGCUUUGUGACAGUAAUGCCCUUUCAGUUGAUGAGCCAGCAGUUGAGAGCAGGUGUCCAGUUGUUGAUGGUUCCGAUAGCGAUCUUGAGAUCGUUGGUAUCAAACACGUGGCCAAGAAACAGCGAACACAAAAACAUGCCAACAAUGGAGGGGUGGUAGAGCCUCGCAUUCUCAUCAUUGCCCCUGACGACCGUUCGCGACGUCAGUUGUCCACCUUUCUGCACCGUGGCAGUGAGGCCACGUUGCUAGACAACUUGGGUUCUUACUUCAAGGAACGCGGCGCACGACUGCGGGGCGACCGGGGCGACUGGGGCGACCGGAGCGCACAGAUGAUGAACACACAACCGCAACCACGUGAAGGAGCCCUGUUGGCAAAGGAAGCGGAAGCUGUAGCCAGGGAACUGGAAGAAAUUCGACCGGAUGCUGGUGCUUUAGGCCUCAGGCAGCUGAAAGAUGGACGGCCCUGUCAUCCCAGAAUUGAUGUGGUGGUGGAAGAGACGGAGGGUCAACUGGAGCUGCGAAUGGAAGAAAUCAAACCACAUGCUGUGAUUGUUUUUGAGCCUACUCUGCAAGCCAUUCGCACGGUAGAGGUGUACAAUGCUACUGUGCACAAUCAAACAUCUUUCAGAAACAUCAAGCUGGAAGUUGAUGUUGAUGCUCCAGAUGCUCCAGCUCCAGCUCCAGUAGCUCCUCUCUAUGUUUAUCUAUUAUCUUUUGAAGAUUCCAUUGAGAAAUAUCGAUAUCAGCAGAAUCUCUUGACCGAAAGCCAGGCAGUAGAUGCCAUCAUCCGCUUCCGUCAGCACAUGACCUGGCGUGUGGAUCUGCCUACUGAAGUGGCACCUGAGUCAUCGCGCAGGGGGGGUGGAGCACGAGCGCAAGUCAUGAAGCCGCAGGUGGUGGUGGAUAUGCGUGAAUUUCGGUCAACAUUGCCUUUCAUGCUGCACUUGAAGGGUCUUGUGGUUGAGCCAGUAACGAUUCCAGUGGGUGACUAUGUGCUAUCCCGGGACGUGUGCGUGGAACGCAAGGCCAUCAUCGAUUUGGUGCAAUCUUUGGGCAGUGGAAGGCUCUACCAACAGGCCCAAAACAUGUGCCUUCACUACAGCAACCCGUUGUUGCUGAUUGAGUUUGAUCCUGCCAAAGGCUUUGUGCUGCAAAGUAGCUAUGCCAUCGCCCGGCGAGAGAUCGAAGUUGGCACCAAGGAUUUGCUGGGCAAACUGUCGCUGUUGGUGCUGCACUUCCCAAAGCUGCGCUUGAUGUGGAGCCCAUCUCCUCGAUUCACGGCGGACAUUUUCAUGAAGCUAAAGGAGGGUCGUUACCAGCCCGAUCCCAGGGCUGCGGCACAAAUCGAUGCGGAAGACGCCGAUGCGGAGGAACUCCAAGGUUCUGGUCGCGUGCGCUCCAACUCCGCUGCUUUCGAGAUGCUCCGGAAACUGCCAGGGAUUACACCCAAAAAUAUGCAUAGUUUGGCGCGGAAGGCAGGGACUUUAGCUGGCAUCUUGGAUUUGUCUUUGGAGACCUUGGGUGAAGUCAUGGGAAAUUCCAAUGCCGAACAGCUUCACCAGUUCCUGCAUGCAAAUAGCCUUAGCAACGUUCCGGCCACACAAGAUCGGGGACAAGAGAUGCCGGAGGCUGAUGCGCUGGAAACCUAGGUCCAGAGUGGCCAGAGGAUCUAUUGACAUUGAAACCUUCGAGAACUUCUUCAUUCAUGUAGAUCCAUAGAGAUGCAUCGAUUUGCCAGGAGGAAGAAACGGUUGCAAGAUGUUGCAAGCGGGGACCGCUGGACCAAGAGCGACACUGCCACGCCACAACACCAGGAACAAUCUCGGCCCAAAGAGGUGCUGAAACGACAGGACCAGCUCGGACAGGCUGGGAAGAGAAAGCACUUCGAUGGUUCGGAGUGGAAAAAGAA